CAGCGCCGGAAGUGAGUGAGCACUUCCGGCGGCCUUCUCUGCGCCCUGACAUCGCCGCCAUAGUGCUUUCCCCGGUUGUUCCUGCAGUCAUGAAGGACGUAUCCGGCUUCUUACAACAGAGUCAGAGCUCCGGGCCCGGCCAGGCCGCCGUGUGGCACCGUUUGGAGGAGCUCUACACCAAGAAGCUGUGGCAUCAGCUGACACUUCAGGUGCUUGAUUUUGUGCAAGACCCCUGCUUUGCCCAAGGAGAUGGUCUCAUUAAGCUUUAUGAAAACUUCAUCAGUGAAUUUGAACACAGGGUGAAUCCUUUGUCCCUGGUAGAAAUCAUUCUACAUGUAGUUAGACAGAUGACUGAUCCUAAUGUGGCUCUUAGUUUUCUGGAAAAGACUCGUGAGAAGGUAAAAAGUAGUGAUGAGGCGGUGAUCCUGUGCAAAACCGCGAUUGGAGCCCUGAAGCUGAAUAUCGGUGACCUUCAAGUCACAAAGGAGACUAUCGAAGAUGUUGAGGAGAUGCUCAGCAGCCUCCCUGGGGUGACGUCCGUUCACAGUCGUUUCUACGACCUCUCCAGCAAGUACUAUCAGACGACUGGGAGCCACGCGGCCUACUACAAAGACGCGCUGCGGUUUCUGGGCUGCGUUGACAUCAAGGACCUGCCAGUGUCUGAGCAGCAGGAGAGAGCUUUCACGCUGGGACUGGCAGGACUUCUUGGCGAGGGAGUUUUCAACUUUGGCGAGCUGCUCAUGCACCCUGUGCUGGAGUCGCUGAGGGACACGGACCGGCAGUGGCUGAUCGACACCCUCUAUGCCUUUAACAGUGGCAAUGUAGAGCGAUUCCAGACUCUGAAGACCGCCUGGGGCCAGCAGCCUGAUUUAGCAGCCAAUGAAGCCCAGCUUCUCAGGAAAAUUCAGCUAUUGUGCCUGAUGGAGAUGACUUUUACACGACCUGCCAAUCAUAGGCAACUCACUUUUGAAGAAAUUGCCAAAAGUGCUAAAAUCACCGUGGACGAGGUGGAGUUGCUGGUGAUGAAGGCCCUCUCAGUGGGGCUGGUGAAAGGCAGUAUUGACGAGGUGGAUAAGCGCGUUCACAUGACCUGGGUGCAGCCCCGCGUGUUGGAUUUGCAACAGAUCAAGGGGAUGAAGGACCGCCUGGAGUUCUGGUGCACCGACGUGAAGAGCAUGGAGAUGCUGGUGGAGCACCAGGCCCAUGACAUCCUCACCUAGGCUCCCCGGCCUCAGCCUGUCUGUGGAGAGGCUGGUGGAGCACCAGGCCCGUGACAUCCUCACCUAGGCUCCCCGGCCUCAGCCUGUCUGUGGAGAGGUGUUUCGUGGCUGAUGAUCCAGGCAGCUAAGAAGACCUGCGUUUAAUCGGGGGUGGGAGUGGGAUUCAGUUUUGAGUAUGGACUGUUCUUACUGUGCAGAUUGUCACAGAGGACUGUCAUUAAUGAGGGAGCCAGCCAUAGGCAAAAGCCUCCUUUCUGGAUGCCGCUGUAGCCUGCAGUGGAGAAGGGUCACUGGGGCUCAGGUGAGGCAGCAGGAAUGUAUGGGUACCUCCAGGAAUGGGGAAGAAAACCCCUCGUAGGUGGAGGGCACCCAUUCCAGCAUUGGCCCCCACUGCACCCACACGUGUGAAUGGCUUCUCCAGUGCAGCUUGAGGAUGUUUCUGUAAUAAAUGCCUUGCACUGUC